UUGGUCCCUCCUGAAUUCUUCCAGUUGGUUUUGGAGGCAGUUUGUAGUUUCCUUAGUGGGACUUCUUGUCGUAACUCAUGUAACAAGUUAUUUUUGUGUCUGGCCAUGGUGGGCAGUUUUGCCACUGCCCUGAAGGUUACUUCUGCCUUAAGACAUCUGACAACCCAGAUUUUAACUAUACCAGCUUUGAUUCCUUCGCUUGGGCUUUUCUCUCACUGUUUCGCCUCAUGACACAGGAUUCCUGGGAACGCCUCUACCAGCAGACCCUGAGGGCUUCUGGGAAAAUCUAUAUGGUUUUUUUCGUGCUUGUUAUCUUCCUGGGGUCUUUCUACCUGGUCAAUUUGAUCUUGGCUGUGGUCACUAUGGCAUAUGAGGAGCAGAACCGGGCAACCAUUGAUGAAAUUGAAGCCAAGGAGAAGACGUUCCAGGAGGCCCUGAAGAUGCUCCGGACAGAGCAGGAGGUGCUGGCAGCGCUGGGGGUCGACACAGCCUCUCUCCAGUCUCACAAUGGAUCCCCCUUGGCCUCCAAAACUGCCAGUGAAGGAAAACACAGAAUGAAGUCAAGGGUGUCAGAGGGCUCCACAGACGACAACAAGUCACUCCGGUCUGAGUCUUACAACCAGCACCGAACGUCUUUCCUAGGCCUCACCACUGGGAGACGCCGGGCUAGCCAUGGCAGUGUGUUCCAUUUCCAGGCCCCUGGCCGAGACAUCUCAUUCCCUGAUGGGGUCACAGAUGAUGGAGUCUUUCCUGGAGACCAUGAAAGCCAUCAUGGCUCUCUGCUGAUGCUUAGGGGUGCAAGCCAGCAAGGCCCCCUCCCUAGGAGUCCACUGCCUCAAACCCUCAACCAUGGCUCAGGGCGUGGAGAAGAUGGAGCUCCCAAAAUGACCACUGGAGAGCUUGCCCCUGGAGUCGUCGAAGUCUCGGCAUCUGAUGCAGGACAGAAGACUUUCCUAACAGCAGACUACUUGAAUGAACCUUUCCGAGUCCAAAGGGCAAUGAGCGUUGUCAGUAUCAUGACCUCUGUCCUCGAGGAACUGGAGGAGUCUAAACAGAGGUGCCCACCCUGCUUGACCAGCUUGGCUCAGAAGUAUCUUAUCUGGGAUUGCUGCCCCACAUGGGUGAAGCUCAAGACGCUUCUCUUCGCAAUUGUGAUGGACCCCUUUGCAGAGCUCACCAUCACCCUGUGCAUCGUGGUGAACACCGUCUUCAUGGCCAUGGAGCACUAUGGCAUGAGCCCCGCCUUCGAAGCCAUGCUCCAGAUUGGCAACAUUGUGUUUACCGUGUUUUUUACUGCUGAAAUGGUCUUCAAAAUCAUAGCCUUGGACCCCUACUAUUACUUCCAGAAGAAGUGGAACAUGUUUGACUGCAUCAUUGUCACCGUGAGCCUGAUAGAGCUGGGCGCGGCCCGGAAGGGGAGCCUGACGGUGCUGCGGACCUUCCGCCUGCUGCGGGUCUUCAAGCUGGCCAAGUCCUGGCCAACCUUAAACACGCUCAUCAAAAUCAUCGGCAACUCGGUCGGGGCUCUGGGGAACCUCACCAUCAUCCUGGCCAUCAUUGUCUUCAUCUUUGCUCUGGUUGGCAAGCAGCUCCUGGGGGAAAACUACUGCCAAAAGCGGAAAAAAAUUUCGGCACCCAACGAAGAUUGGCCACGCUGGCACAUGUACGACUUCUUCCACUCCUUCCUCAUCGUCUUCCGGAUCCUCUGUGGAGAGUGGAUUGAGAACAUGUGGGCCUGCAUGGAAGUUGGCCAGAAGUCUAUCUGCCUCAUCCUUUUCUUGACAGUGAUGGUACUGGGCAACCUGGUGGUGCUUAACCUGUUCAUCGCCCUGCUGCUGAACUCCUUCAGUGCCGACAACCUCACACCACCUGAGGACGACGGUGAGGUGAACAACCUGCAGGUGGCCUUAGCGAGGAUCCAGGUGUUUGGCCAGCACACCAAGAGGGCUCUUUGCAGUUUCCUCAGUCGGCCCUGCUUGCUCCCCUGGUCCAAGGCAAAGCCCCAGUUGGUGGUGAAAAUCCCACUUUCCACCUCCAUAGCCAAGAACCACAUUGCUGCUGAGGGAGCCCUGGGGAGCCCCGGACGGCUCCCGGCUCUCAGAAGCCCCAGGGACGACCCCGGUGACUUCAUCACGGAUCCUAACAUAUGGGUCUCUGUGCCCAUUGCUGAGGGCGAAUCCGACCUGGAUGACUUGGAGGAGAAUGGUGAGGAGGAUGCUCAGAGCACCAGGCAGGAAGUGAUCCCCCAAAGGCAGGAGCAGCUGCAGCAAGUUGGGAAGUAUGAGGACCGCCUGCCACCCAGGACCCCAGGGUCUGGAAUAUCCUCUGAAGACCUGACUCCAGGCCUAGGUGAGAAGUGCAAAGGCGAGGCUCCUGCUCAGGGCCCUGCAGAGAUUCACGGGGCCCCGUGGAGAGCUGGGUUCACUGCUGGGGCUUUUGCCCUGCAGGGAGCAGACGACACGAGCUCCUCGGAAGGCAGCACUGUGGACUUCCUGGACCCCGAGGAGAUCCUGAGGAAGAUCCCUGAGCUGGCAGACGACCUCGAUGAGCCAGAUGACUGCUUCACGGAAGGCUGUGUUCACCACUGUCCCUGUUGCAGAGUGAACACCUCCAGGUUUCCCUGGGCCACAGGCUGGCAGGUACGCAAGGCCUGCUUUCGCAUCGUGGAGCACAGCUGGUUUGAAAGUUUCAUUGUCUUCAUGAUCCUGCUCAGCAGUGGAGCGCUGGUCUUUGAAGAUGUUUACCUUGACCAGAAGCCCACAGUAAAGGCCUUGCUGGAGUACACCGACAGGGUGUUCACGUUCAUCUUUGUGUUUGAGAUGCUGCUCAAAUGGGUGGCCUAUGGCUUUAAGAGUUACUUCACCAAUGCCUGGUGCUGGCUGGACUUCCUGAUCGUGAACAUCUCAUUGACAAGCCUCAUAGCGAAGAUCCUGCAGUAUUCUGAUAUGGCAUCCAUCAAAGCCCUUCGGACCCUCCGUGCCCUGCGGCCACUGCGGGCUCUGUCUCGAUUUGAAGGCAUGCGGGUGGUGGUAGAUGCCCUGGUGGGUGCCAUCCCAUCCAUCAUGAAUGUCCUACUCGUCUGCCUCAUCUUCUGGCUCAUCUUCAGCAUCAUGGGCGUGAACUUCUUUGCGGGGAAGUUUCAGAAAUGCAUCAACAAGACCAAUGAAGGCUUUCUUCUCGUGCCUUGGUCUACUGUGAAUAACAUGUCUGACUGUGAACGUCAAAACCACACUGGAAGCUUAUUUUGGGUCAAUGUGAAGGUCAACUUUGAUAAUGUUGCAAUGGGCUACCUCGCGCUUCUGCAGGUGGCAACCUUUAAAGGCUGGAUGGACAUCAUGUAUGCGGCUGUCGAUUCCCGGGAUGUGAACCUGCAGCCCAAGUGGGAGGACAACGUGUACAUGUACUUUUACUUUGUCAUCUUCAUCAUUUUUGGCGGCUUCUUCACACUCAAUCUCUUUGUUGGCGUCAUCAUUGACAACUUCAACCAACAGAAAAAAAAGUUAGGGGGCCAGGACAUCUUCAUGACAGAGGAGCAGAAGAAGUACUACAAUGCCAUGAAGAAGCUGGGCUCCAAGAAGCCCCAGAAGCCCAUACCACGGCCCCUGAAUAAGUACCAGGGUUUUGUCUUUGACAUCGUGACCAGGCAGACUUUUGACAUCGUUAUCAUGGUCCUCAUCUGCCUCAACAUGAUCACCAUGAUGGUGGAGACUGAUGAGCAGAGUGAAGAAAAGACAAAAGUCCUGAACAAAAUCAACCAGUUCUUUGUGGCCGUCUUCACGGGAGAGUGUGUCAUGAAGAUGUUUGCCUUGAGACAUUACUACUUCACCAACGGCUGGAAUGUGUUUGACUUCGUCGUCGUGGUCCUCUCCAUUGGGAGCCUGGUGUUCUCUGCAAUUGUUUCGUCACUUGGAAGUUUAUUCUCCCCGACGCUCUUCCGUGUCAUCCGCCUGGCCCGCAUCGGCCGCAUCCUCAGGCUGAUCCGUGGGGCCAAGGGCAUCCGCACGCUGCUCUUCGCCCUCAUGAUGUCCCUGCCCGCGCUCUUCAACAUCGGGCUGCUGCUCUUCCUCGUCAUGUUCAUCUACUCCAUCUUCGGCAUGGCCAGCUUUGCCUACGUCAAGUGGGAGGCCGGCAUUGACGACAUGUUCAACUUCCAGACCUUCGCCAACAGCAUGCUGUGCCUCUUCCAGAUCACCACGUCAGCGGGCUGGGACGGGCUCCUCAGCCCCAUCCUCAACACGGGGCCCCCCUACUGCGACCCCAACUUGACCAUCAACAACAGCACCAGAGGGGACUGCGGGAGCCCCGUCAUGGGCAUCAUCUUCUUCACCACCUACAUCAUCAUCUCCUUCCUCAUUGUGGUCAACAUGUACAUCGCAGUGAUUCUGGAGAACUUCAAUGUGGCCACAGAGGAGAGCACGGAGCCCCUGAGUGAGGACGACUUUGACAUGUUCUACGAGACGUGGGAGAAGUUUGACCCAGAGGCCACUCAGUUCAUCACCUUCUCUGCCCUCUCAGACUUUGCAGACACCCUGUCUGGCCCCCUGAGAAUCCCCAAACCCAAUCGGAAUGUAUUAAUCCAGAUGGACCUGCCCUUGGUCCCUGGAGAUAAGAUCCACUGUUUGGACAUCCUGUUUGCCUUCACCAAGAAAGUCCUGGGAGAAUCUGGGGAGUUGGAUUCCCUGAAGGCAAAUAUGGAGGAGAAAUUUAUGGCAACUAAUCUUUCAAAAGCAUCCUAUGAACCAAUAGCAACCACCCUCCGAUGGAAGCAAGAAGACAUCUCAGCCACUGUCAUCCAAAAGGCCUAUCGGAGCUACAUGCAGCACCGCGCCAGGACAAUCGCCAGCCCUGUGGGGGUGCCCAGGGCUGAGGAGGAGGCAGCAUCACUCCCCGAGGAAGGCUUUGCUGCACUCGUAGCAAAUGAGAACUGUGCGCUCCCAGACAAAUCUGAAACUGCUUCCACCACAUCUUUCCCACCGUCCUACGACAGUGUCACUAGAGGCCUUAGUGGUCAAGUCAACUUGAGCACAUCCAGCUCAAUGCAAAAUGAAGGGGAGGCUGUCAGUAGAGAAGCCGCUGGGCCCUCAUGUGGACCCUCCAGCGUGGGCAUGUCCAGUUCUGAUGUGCCGGCUGCUCUGUGAUGACUUACCACCACCGACUCACCAAUGAUGCCCCCAGUCACAGUGCCACAACUGGGCAGGGAAUGCAGUUGGUACCCACCUUUGGAGAAAGCCUCACACAGCAACAGGGGUCAGAAGCCAAGGGCAUCUCCACAGUGACUUCCUUUUUCAAUUUCAGUAUCAGAUGGUGGGUUCCCUUACUUUCCAGAAAAUGUCCCUGGUCCUUUUAUUUCGAUGGUGACUAGAGCUUAUCUUUACCAAGACAAACAUCUCAGGACCAGAACUUUCAAAGAUAUACAGCAAGGAUGUUGCUAAAGGGCCAAGGUUGUCCUCUGUAAAACAGCACAUAGAGAUUGGCAGUGUUAUUUAAGAUUUUGCAUGACUGCAUGUUGAGAGCUGCCAGACGACUAUUCUGGCCUAAGAUAAUACCUGUGGUCUAUGUCAUGAAAGGCCUCUGAGCUAUCCAUUAAAAUUAAUAUUUUUAAAGAUA